AUUACUUUAGAUUCUGUAGCAGCAAAGCCAACCCUUUCCCAACCCCAACCUUUUAGAGAGAGAAACACCUUACUGUGUGUUUUACUGAGAGAAAGAGAGAGAGAGACACACACACACACAAUCUUUCCGGUAAAGAUGAUAGCUUAUUUAGAGCAUUUCGUUCACGAGAACGAUUCUGAACCCAUGCUUCAACAAGACGACGGUGAGGUCGCAACUACUUUAUGCCAAGCCAUGGACCUCGAAGGCAGUAUUGAUUACAGGACUACCGGCUACGCCGGAAAAGACUUUGGCGGUUUGCAUGCUUCCACGCCUUUUGCCGUCAUCAGACCUUCUGGUAGUCACGACAUCGCAAGUGUAAUCAGAUUUGCGUCACAGUCGGCGAACCUGACGGUGGCUGCGAGGGGAAAUGGUCACUCAAUUAACGGUCAGGCGAUGGCCAACAGAGGACUCGUCAUCGACAUGAAGAAAUCGUCCGAUUCUGUAAUUGACCUCGUCCGUUGUGAAGACGGUUACGCCGUCGACGUUGGCGGUGGGGCAUUAUGGGAAGACGUGUUGAAACGGUGCGUUUCGAAAUUUGGUUUAUCGCCUCGGUCGUGGACGGAUUACCUAGGGUUAACCGUCGGUGGAACGUUGUCUAACGCCGGUGUUAGCGGCCAGACUUUCCGUUACGGCCCGCAAACAUCAAAUGUAACGGAAUUGGAAGUCGUUACCGGCGACGGAGACACGGUGAUCUGUUCCGACGCCCAAAAUUCAGAACUUUUCUUCUCCGUUCUCGGCGGUCUUGGACAAUUCGGUAUCAUAACUCGGGCCCGGGUCCUGGUUCAAGCCGCCCCGGAUAUGGUGAGAUGGAUAAGGGUAGUAUACUCUGAGUUCGACGAGUUCACUCGGGACGCCGAGUCGCUCAUAACCCGACCCGAAGGCGAUUCUUUUGAUUACGUGGAAGGAUUCGUGUUUGUGAACAGCGACGACCCGGUAAACGGGUGGCCAUCGGUGCUGCUUGACCCGGACCAACUAUUCGACCCGAGUAUCUUCAUCCGGUCCGCUAACCCUGUGUUGUAUUGCCUAGAAGUCGCUUUACAUUACAGCAAGGGAAACUGCUCUGCAACAGUCGAUACAACGGUACACAAGCUGCUUGGACCGUUGAGAUUUGUGGACGACACAUUGUUCCAGGUGGACCUCCCCUACAUGGAUUUCCUACUACGUGUAAAGGAAGCGGAAAAACACGCGAAAGCCAACGGCAUAUGGGAUGCUCCACACCCGUGGCUUAAUCUCUUCGUCUCCAAAACGUCGAUUGCAGAAUUCAAUCGUUGUGUGUUCAAUAAGAUUUUGAAAGACGGCAUCGGUGGCCCUAUGCUCGUCUACCCGAUUCUUCGAAACAAGUGGGACGAACGUACAUCAGUAGUCUUACCCGAAGGAGAUAUCUUUUAUAUCGUCGCAUUGCUUCGCUUCACAAACCCGUAUCAAAAGUCUCCAACCGUCAACGAUCUUGUCUUACAAAAUCACGAGAUCGUCCAAACUUGUGUUAGAAAUGGAUUCGAUUUUAAGUUGUACCUUCCACAUUACAAUACUGAGGACGGAUGGAAGCAACACUUUGGGGAUCGAUGGUUGUGGUUUGUUGAGAUGAAAUCGAGAUACGAUCCAAUGGCUAUUCUUGCACCGGGACAAAAGAUUUUUACAAGACACUAAUCUUGUUAAAUAAUAUUCAUUCAAUUGAAGUCGAUGAUUGUAGGUUUGUACAAUUAUUUUUGUUUCUUACAAAUUUUAUAUUCUGUUGGUGACUUGUUUCUCAUUUUAAUUUUUCGUGUUCAAUUGGGGAAAGAAGCAAUUUCAGGCAACCGAUGUAAAUGAAUACUUUUGGGCAACCAAUUUUGAUGAUUUUUC